UCAGCAGCCAGCUCUUCCUAUCCACCACCCUCCGCCGCUCGCGUCGCGUGCGAGCUGCGUGCCUCCACCCCGCUCGCGCCGUCCCGGUCGCGAUGGCCCUGCGCUCGCCGGAGCUGCGGUGGCUCGGCUCGCUCACGCGGCCCGGCCGCCUGGCUCCAUCCCCACUCGCGGCGCUCGCCUCCCCACGGCGCCGCCGCCGCGCACCGUCCCCGUCCCAGCCCCCUUCCUCGCCCUCGCCCUCGCCCUCCGACUCCUCCACCCCAUCUACCGCCCCCGCAUCCGCCGGUGCGCCGGGAGCGGAGGGGUUGGACGGGCCGGAGUGGAAGAAGGUCAGUGCCAAGCGGUUCGGGAUCAAGGAGUCCAUGAUCCCCGCAGAGGCCUGGAACGUACUACACCGCCUCCGCAGCAGAGGAUAUGAUGUGUACCUUGUUGGUGGUUGUGUUCGUGAUCUUAUAAUGAAGAAGACGCCAAAAGAUUUCGACAUAAUAACAACAGCUGAUCUUAGGCAGGUUAAAGACACUUUCUCUGGAUCAGCUGUUAUAGUAGGAAGGCGUUUCCCCAUAUGCCAUGUACAUGAGAACAAUUCCAUCGUUGAGGUGUCAAGUUUUUAUACUAGUGCAAGGGGGUCAAGUGGUAGCCAAAUUUACAAUUCAAAGAGCCAAAAUUGUAGCAAGAAUGAUUUUGUUCGCUGGAAGAACUGCCAAGGGAGGGACUUCACAAUUAAUGGGUUAAUGUUCAACCCAUAUUCAGAAAAGAUCUAUGAUUACUUGGGAGGCAUUGAAGAUAUUAAGAAAGCUAAGGUUCGGACUGUAAUUCCUGCUGGCACUUCGUUCCAGGAGGACUGUGCCCGUAUUCUACGUGCAAUCAGAAUUGCAGCUCGUUUAGGGUUUAGCUUCCCCAAAGAAACAGCUUAUUAUGUGAGAACGCUUGCUUACUCAGUGGCAAGACUUGACAAGGGAAGGAUACUCCUGGAGAUGAACUAUAUGCUUGCUUAUGGUUCAGCUGAAGCUUCUUUAAGGUUGCUGUGGAGGUUUGGCCUCCUUGAACAUUUGUUGCCCUUUCAGGCAGCAUAUUUUUCUUCGACUCGUUUUAAGAGGAAGGAUAAAGGAACUAAUAUGCUACUUGUCUUAUUUUCUAAGCUGGAUAAUUUUCUUGCACCUAAUAGGCCAUGUCAUAAUAGUCUAUGGAUAAGCCUUUUAGCCUUUCAUGAAGCAUUGGCACGCAAACCAUGUGAUCCUUUGGUAGUGGCUACUUUUGCACUAGCCUUCUACCUGGGAGGUGAUAUGUCUUUGGCAGUGGAUAUUGGAAAAUCAAUCAACCGGCAACAUGAUACUGGAUUUCGGGAGCUCUUAGAACCCAAAGUCUGGACUGAUAAGCAUUUGGCAGGUGAAGUACAAAGCUUUGCUGCAUUGAUGAAGCGGGCAUUAACUGAAAUGACUGAUGAGUAUCAUGUCGGAAAUGCUAUGGCGAAAAUCCCUCAAGCACCAUCGUCAGAUCUUGUGUUUAUACCACUACAAGUCUACCUGAAGGUUCUCAAAUCUAUCGAGAGUGUUCAAUAUGGCAAGAAGGAGCGUGGCUAUGAACCAAAACGCGAUGGGAUGAUCAAUUACCAUAACCUGUCUAAUGGUUCACAUGCAGAAAUAACAAAUCUCUUUACACUGGUGGUUUUCGACACACUAUACCCUACAGACAUGGAGGAUGAAGAUGGCUGCAGUUCUUAAAGACACGUCAUGAUCAGGAUGAGUUUAGGGCUUACAAGGGACCUGGUGCUUUGCGAGAUCAUAAUAAAUAGCUGGGGCCCAGAACCUGAGCUGCUGCAUCAGAGCAAAGGCAAAACAUGGAUGUCAUUGCCUGCUCUGAUACUGUUGAUAUGAUCUCAUGGUCGGCGUAAGUAUGCUCCUCGCCGGAACAUGACACAUGACAGGGUUCGAGCCUUCUGGGUGGAGUCGAUCCUUUUCUAAAUAAGACAGUAGGGAGUCAACAUUCUUUCAGACUGUUGGAGGUGAUGCUAUAAUAUGUAAAUCAUUAUUAAUAGGUUGAUUUAUUUUAGCAUUCCAACUGAUUACUCUCAAUUUUCCGCCCAAGUCAAACCCAACGCUCACAUAUUUGAUUCAUUAAUAUAGUUUUGUUCUCUA